AUGGACGUGCCACGCUCGCGCGCUGCGAGCGGUAGCUCGGCGGCCACCUCGAGCCAUGUCGACAUCCCUGGCGCAUCCACCUCGCAGGGCAGCUCGCGCGCCGCACCGAGCGCCCGCACACGCCGCGAGCGCGAACGUAGCGGCCGUCCAAAGGACAAGCACAUCCUCGCGCUGCGCUCCAUCCGCGACUUUCUGCGCGGCCGCAGCAGCUACGACGUGCUCCCCGUGAGCUUCCGCCUGAUCGUGCUCGACACCAAGCUGGUGGUCAAGCCGGCACUCGAAGUCAUGUGGCAGGCGGGCGUCGUAUCCGCGCCGCUCUGGCAGUCUACGCCUCCGGAACAGCUCGCCAAUCCAUCGCACUCCGACGCACCGCCAUCCACAGAUCCAACAUCCCAACAGCAGCAACAGCAGGAUGCAGAGGGGAGAGUGUCGCCCAAAACGCAGGGAGGGGCACAGCAGCUGUCUGGAUUCGCAGGCAUGCUUACGGUCAACGAUAUCAUCCAUCUCAUCCAGUACUACUACCACCACUCGAGCUACGACUCGGCGGCGCAGGAUGUGGAGAAGUUCCGGCUGGAGCGGCUGCGCGAUAUCGAGCAGGCGCUCAACGUGCCGCCGCCGCCGCUGCUCAGCGUGCAUCCGCUAAGGCCGCUCUUUGACGCGUGCCAGCUGCUCAUCAAGACGCAUGCGCGCCGUCUGCCGCUGCUUGAUUAUGACGAGCAGACGGGCAUGGAGACCGUCGUGUCGGUGCUCACCCAGUAUCGCGUGCUCAAGUUCAUCGCCAUGAACUGCAGGGAGACCGCAUCGCUCUGGCGGAGUCUUAGGCAGUGUGGUAUUGGGACUUACUGCCAGCACUACCGCGCGGCGAGGGCGACGGCAAGUGCCGCACCCAGCCACAGGGGCUCGGACGCUAGCGAACCGGGCAUCAUCAAGUCGGACCCAAGUGCGACGGGUAGGAGUGAAGGGCAUGCAGAUGGCGAGGCAGAGCCGUCCAGCCAGAUCGACGCUUCGUCCGAUUCGGCGGCCAACCGUACCGGCAGCAUCAGCGGCACAUCCGUUCCGCUCGCAGCAGCGAUAGACGAGGCUGCGAACUUGUACGCGCCGAUUGCAACGGCCACGCUCGACACGACGGUGUUUGAUGUGGUGCACAUGUUUUCCGAGCGCGGAAUCUCUGCCGUCCCCAUCCUGGACGAAGAAGGCAAUGUGGUGGACCUAUACGAGACUGUGGAUGUGAUCACGCUCGUGCGCACGGGCGCAUACACGUCUCUCGACCUGACCAUCCGCCAAGCUCUCGAACGACGUCCGCCCGACUUCGGUGGAGUAUGGACGUGUUCACCGGACGAUUCGUUGGCAUCGGUCUUUGCGCUUCUGCGCAAACGCCGCGUGCAUCGUCUGCUGGUGCUCGAACCCGAACCUGUGCUGCUCAAGCGCGACGACUUUGCCGACAAAACCGCGCCGCUCGAAGAACUCGAUAGCUACGUCGAAGAUCUGCUCGCCGAACAAAAGUCGCGCGACCAACAGGAACGUGCCGAGUUUCUCAACGACCCACGACGCCAGCUCGAAGAACGUCUGGAAAAGGGAGAUCCCGUGAGGAAGUCGAGGGGAAGGUUGGUGGGCAUCGUUUGUUUGUCCGAUAUCCUGCGCUAUGUCAUUGGCUCGGCUGCCGAGGAGCCAGACAAGACUCGCAGCAGGGGCGCAAGUGUGGCUAGCUCGACAAGUCUAGGCUCUCAAGAACCGGCCCACCAAGAAGCAGCGCAUAGGGACGCCACUCAGACCAUCCCCGAACACGAACCACUUCAGCUCUAG